AACAUUCAAACCUCGUACGUCCCUCCCCCUCUGGGUUUCAUCCCAAACCAUCUCCUUCGUGGCCAAACCCUCGCUAUAGGGAAAAAUUAUUCCAUACGGAUCCGUAAAUCACCUGAUCCCUAAAUCACCUGAUCGAGAAAGGAUCGAGAAAGACCGGGUGAUUCAUUUACAGCCUGGUCCAAAUAAAACAUAGGUUCGCUCCCACGGUGGCGAUCGUCGAUCAAUUGAUCGCUCGACGGGAGAUUUCUCCUCCAAGCAAGGCCACACCUUGAAUAUAGGCGUCGUACGAGAGGAGUUGGUCUCUCACAUCUUUAGCUGAAACUGGGAUAGUUAUUGGUUCAGGGGUUCGGUCUUUGGGAGAUGGGGAACAUUUUUGUGAAGAAACCCAAAAUUACUGAGGUCGAUCGCGCUAUUCUCACCCUGAAAACUACUCGCCGAAAGCUGGCACAUUACCAGCAAAAGCUUGAUGAUGUUAUUGAAGCUGAGAAGGAAGCUGCAAGGGAACUAGUUCGGCAAAAGAGGAAGGAUAGGGCCUUGCUUGCUUUGAAGAAGAAGAAGGCCCAAGAAGAACUAUUGAAGCAAGUUGAUGGCUGGCUCAUUAAUGUUGAGCAACAGUUGGCAGACAUAGAACUUGCUAGCAAGCAGAAGGCUGUGUUUGAAAGUUUAAAGGCAGGGAAUAAUGCUUUGAAAGCUAUUCAAAGUGAAAUAAACUUGGAUGAUGUCCAGAAAUUGAUGGAUGAUACUGCUGAGGCAAAGGCAUAUCAAGAUGAAAUAAAUGCAAUUUUAGGGGAGCGUCUUUCUGCUGAAGACGAGGAAAACGUUCUGGCUGAAUUUGAAACACUGGAAACUGAGAUUACUCUUGAAAGUUUGCCACAAGUUCCAGAAUCAGUAGAAGCUAAGGUUUCAGAGAGUUUAGCGGAAGCUAGACAACCUCAGGUUAGUGAGAUUGCCGAAAGCAGCUAUGAAGAAGACCUCAAGCUUCCGGAUGUACCAAUCAAACCAGUUACUACCGAACUGAAUGAAGCUACUCCAGAAAAUAUCUCAAAUAAAACACCCAGCAGAACAAAAGUUCUAGAAGAACCAUUGCUUGCUUGAGAAAAAGUGGCGGAUUUAAUUUCAUGUCCUACUUGU